AUGAUAUCACAACGUUUUGCUCGUGCUGCUGCAGAAGGGGACAAUGUUCGACGCUGUCCAGUUGGAGAAAAGGCCUGCAUUGCGAGGGUUCGCGUCGUCCAGUUGUUGCUACAGCGGCAAGCGUUCAAGCUGGAGGACGAGGAAGAGGACCUGAAUCAGCGAAGGCGGCCGUUUGACCUCAUCGGAUUUCAAUUUCAUCGUAGAUAUGCACCUAAUUUGCGAUACUACAAUCAGAGUGCUAUUAGGCUAGCAAAAAAUACUCUGUUCCAAGCCAAGACCAAGCACAUUGAAGGCAAACGCCAUUUCAUCAGGGAAAGGGUGUUAGAGAAGAAAGUUGACCUCAAGUACAUUCACAAUCCUUAUAUAAGCACUAGUGGUUUUGGAAUCCUUCAUGAGAAAUUACUUGAUCGGAGGCUUCGGUCGCGUCUGUUUCGAAACUCGAGAACGCAGUGCAGGGAACAGUAG